AUGCCGAACGAUGCAGCGGUUGUGUACAUCUUCCUCGACGACGUCAACAAGGCUGUGUCCAUGGAAGAUGUCAAGGAAUGGCUGCAGAUUAUAAACGAUGUCGUUGAGAUAAAGCUGCAAUUUGACGCUGCUACAGAACGACCCUGCUACUAUGUGGAGUUCCGUAGUGCAGUAGCGGCGCAACAGGCUGUGCAGUACCUCAACGGCGCACGGCUCAAGAACUGCGUCGUGACGAUACAGUCUCGCGUGUAUCCGGCGGCGACAGAGACACAGGGGCCAUCAAGCAACAGUGAAGAGUCUCCGUCAGCGGCCGGGGGUGCACCUCCACUCACCCGCAAGCGUUGCAGAGAGACGUCAGAGUUGCCCUUUAAUCAUUUGCUGCCGCCCGAGCUUCAGAUGGACCCACCACUCGCGAACUAUCUUCCCGAACUGGAGAAGAGCGCCCUGUACUCGUUAGACGGCCUUGCCAUGUGGCGGCAACUGCAAGCAGCACAAAAGGAACUGGUUGAGGUGUUUCAUGAUCUAGAGGUCACCGCAGCGCAGAUCGCAGAUUGUGACGCACAGUUGACGCAGCUCCUUCACAUGAGUUGGACAGCGCCAGCUGCCAAUGGUGUCAUCAUGUCUCACUCGCCUUCGUCUGGGCCUGGGCGCAAGACUGCCCUUCACGCCCAACACUUUCUUUGCCACGAGAGAGCGAUCGCGUUUGACGCGCACACGCCCAGCCGGGUCGUCGCACUGCUGACGGAUUGCUUUGGCCCUCUGUCGCUCUGCUCGGACGCGGUGACACCGGCCGGCUUUUUCCUCGUGGUGAGGUUUGUCUUUGCGGCGGACGAGGCGCUUUUCUUGGCCGCCGCUACCGCGUCCGGGUCGGCAGAGAUGACCAAGAAGAGGGACCAGAGUCAAGGGGCAGAGUGGAAGAGCGUCGUCCAAGGACUUGGGUGGAGACCGGCUGCAAGUGUCGCUGCCGUCCAUCACCUAUUCUCGGUCGAACUGGAUGCACGUCUGCAGCGUAUAGUGUGCGACCUACUAUCGUAG